UUUUGACAAACAAAAUGGCGGAUGGUGGGCAUUCAUUCGUGAAGAAGACAUUUCAUAAGCCAACGUACUGUCAUCACUGCUCGGAUCUGCUCUGGGGCCUCAUCCAGCAGGGCUACAUAUGCGAGGUUUGCAACUUUAUCAUACACGAACGAUGUGUCACGAAUGUGGUAACACCCUGUUCCGGCAUCGCUCCAUGCAUUAUAAAGAAUCCCGUUGCCCAUUGUUGGUCCGAGCCAACCCAUCACAAGAGGAAAUUCUGCACUGUUUGCCGUAAGCGAUUGGAUGAAACGCCAGCGGUGCAUUGUCUAGUUUGCGAAUAUUUCGCGCAUACUGAGUGCCAAGAUUUUGCCGUGCCCGAUUGCACAGAGAACGCCACCUAUGUGCCCGGCAAGGAGCUGCUUAAUGUGAAGCAUCAACACCAUUGGCGAGAGGGCAAUCUUCCAUCAACGUCCAAAUGCGCAUACUGCAAGAAGACCUGCUGGUCCUCGGAAUGUCUCACUGGCUAUCGCUGCGAGUGGUGUGGCAUGACCACCCAUGCCGGAUGUCGCAUGUACCUGCCAACCGAAUGUAAUUUUGGUAUUCUACAACCUAUCUACUUACCUCCGCAUUCAGUCUCGAUACCACGCACCGAGGUGCCCAUCGAGGCGAUCAUCGGCGUUCAGGUCAAGUCGAAAACGACGCUCGUGCGCGACUAUUCGUGUCCCAGUCCGGAUCUGAGUGCUGGUUCCGGACCGGGCUCUGGAACGGUGCCAGGUGUGGUAUGCCUCAGGGAGCUGCUCGAGCUCCAUCGGCAGCGUCUUGAGCAAUCGAAACAACAUUUUCUCCUUUCAUCACCACCCACGCCCACAUCCUGCGGCUCCGUCUCGCUCUGCCACUCGCCCACACCCUCGCUGACAGUGGGAGAGACGAGCACCGAGCUGGAACCGGACCAGGAGCGCCCCGACGACCAGGAUGACCAGGAGGAGGAUGAGGACGAUGACUACGUUGCCACGGAGGCGGACAGCGCCCUGCAGCUGACGACAUCCACCUCGAACGUCCUGGGGCCGCUGCAAAAGUCGCCAUCGACCAACUCAUCGCUGCAUCUGCUCUACACGAGCAUCUUCCGGAAGCUGGGGACCGGCCGGAGGCGACGGAAGCGCGGCGGUGGCAUCUCUCAGAGCGAGGAGGACGACGAGGAGGAGGAGGAGGACGAAGACGAGGUGGAUGGCGGUGUCUGUGAUAUAAGCGGUGGCGACAUCAGCGACGACUACGAUCACUGUGACGUGGCCCUGCGCCGGCGUGAAAGAGCCGCACGCCGGCAGCCGCGGGAGGUCAGCGAGACGGACUACCACGGCGACGUGGAGAUGGAAACGGCGCCGCGGGAGAGCUGCUACGAGACCUCGGACACCGGCGGCGAGCUGACUAACACGGAUGAGCUCGACUCCAGCAUGAAUCUGAUCAGCAACCUUAGCUAUAAUAGUAGUAAUAGUAACACCUCCCAUGCCUCCAGAGCUGCCCACCCACCCACAGCUGCCGCUGCUGCUGCCACAGGCACCGCAGCUGCAGCUGCCACUGCCAUUGCCACUGCGACUGCGACUGCGACUGGUAAAAAUCCAAAUCCAAAUCCAAAGACUGGGGCCGCUCUGUCGGCCAAGCCCAAGCCCAAGACCAUACUCAGUGUCUCGAAGCACAAGCACAAGGUGGCCGGGAAGGGCGGAUCCCUGAGUUCGCCCAACUCCAGCGACUGCUCCUCGGCCUCGCCCUCAGCCCCGGCGAGCGGCUCCCUCACCCACACACUGCUCCAGCUGUCGCCCGUGGGACGGAGCAAGUCCUUCCAGGAGCCGGGCGUCAGUGUGUCCCGCUACAAGAAGUAUGGACGCGGUCUGUUCCGGCGGCGAUCCAAGAGAUCGCCCAAGAACACGGCUGGCGCUGGCGUGGCGGGUGUAGGAGGCGGUGUAAAGAGCAACUACAGCCUGGACAGGCUGUCGCAGAACAUAGAAAUCACCAUCCAGGACGAGGAUGGUAACUACCGGCCGUAUGACGACAACUACCACAUGCUGGCGCGACGCACUGGCGGCCACGAUGCCACCGAUGUGGAUGACGAUGUGUGCUUCGAUGAUCUCUACCUGGACGAUCGGCCCGGCGGUCAGAGCGACGAUCUGGCGGCCUUUGCCGGCGACAUCAGCGAUGGCGGUGCCAGCAGUCGAUCGCGGGCCAGCGACGCCAGCGAUGGCCAUGUCCUGGGGCGACUCCUGCGACAUGUGCGGGGCCUCUCCGUCGGCUGGCGCAAGCCGCGCUACCAGAAGCGCAGAGCACGCAGCAUAUCCGAGGAGUUCAGCAGCGGCGAUACGCCUCGCUUCAAGGAUGAAGAGUCCGCCAGCAAGACCGAAUCGGGCCAUGGACCCAGCAGUGGAGGCGGCGAAAGAGGAGGCGGUGGUGCCAGUGGCAGUGGAGUGGGCGGUGGAGGCUCCAGCACUGCUGGUGGAUCUGCGGCUCCGUCGGGCGGCGGCGGCGGCGGCGGUGGAGGAGGAGGAUCCUCCGGCCAUUAUAGUAGGCCCGAUUCCGCUGGCCACAAGUCGGAUGCCAAGUCCGAUGCCAAAAUGGAAAGAGACCGAGAGAAGAAGGAAAAGGAGCGCGAGGAGAAGGAUAUAGAGAUGAUCAAGGUAUUCGAUGGCAACAACUCAUUCCGACGCCAGCAGUACCGCGUGAUCAUCGUGCAGCGAACGUAUACGCUGGAGCAGCUGCUGACCACCGCACUGCGGGCCUUCCACAUCACGCGCGAUCCGCAGGCCUUCUAUCUGACCGAUCUGUAUGCCCCCCCGGGCAUGGAGGAUGCCCCAAUGCUGGACCCCACCCCAGUGCUGAGUCUUGUGCACUUGGAGGGCAAGCGACCGGCGAUAUACAUUCGGUUUCACGACAGGGAAAAGGGCCAUGUCCGUGUGUAUCCCGGGAAGCUGCAGUGCGCCCUGGAGGAUCCCUAUGUCAGUGUUCCUGUAGAUAAUAACACAGUCAUCAAGGAUUUGAUACGCGACGCUCUGGACAAGUUCGGGCUGCAGGAUAACCAGAUACAGGACUACAGAUGCUCGGAGGUGCUGCUCGAUCGUGGCGUGACCGAACGCAUCCUCUCGUGGAACGAGAGACCCUGGGAUAUUACGAAGCAGCUGGGCAAGGACUCCAUACGCCAAAUGGAGCUGAUGCGCUUCUACAUGCAGCACAAGCAGGAUCCCCAUGGACCCAACAUCGCCCUCUUUGUGGGCAAUCUGCCCACAGGACUCUCGCAGCGCAACUACGAGCAGAUCCUCAACAAGUACGUCACCGAUGAGAACAAGUUCAUCAGCAUCGGACCCAUCUACUACGAGUAUGGCUCUGUGGUGCUGACCUUCGAGGAUGCCCAGAAGGCGGUUCGUGCCUUCUACAAUCUCCGCGAGACGAUCAUCGAGGACAAGAAGCUGCUGGUGCUGCUCUUGCCGAACAUUGAGCCCAGCAUGGUGCCAUCCGAUGUGCGACCGCUGCUGGUCUUUGUCAACGUGAAGUCUGGUGGCUGCCAGGGCCUGGAGCUGAUCUCCAGCUUCAGGAAACUGCUGAAUCCCUAUCAGGUCUUCGAUCUGGACAAUGGAGGUCCUCUGCCAGGUCUGUAUGUUUUCCGCCAGAUAACCAACUACAAGAUUCUGGUUUGUGGCGGUGACGGCACCAUUGGAUGGGUGCUGCAGUGUCUGGACAAUGUUGGCCAGGACUCGGAAUGCUCUAGCCCACCGUGCGCCAUUGUUCCACUCGGAACGGGCAAUGAUUUGGCUCGGGUCCUGUGCUGGGGCUCGGGCUAUACCGGCGGCGAGGAUCCGCUGAAUUUGCUGCGGGAUGUGAUCGAGGCCGAGGAGAUACGGCUGGAUCGCUGGACCGUUGUCUUCCAUCCGGAGGAUAAGCCCGAAGAGCCGGCCAUGAAGGCGCCGUCCCAAACAACCGGUAAGAAGAAGAAGGCACACCAAGCACAUCUAUCGCAAUCGCAAUCGCAACAAACCAAUCAGCAUCAUCAAUUACCGGCUCUGACAUCGAGUGAUAUAUCAGGUGGCGCCCAGAACGAGGACAACUCACAGAUCUUUGUGAUGAACAACUACUUUGGCAUUGGGAUCGAUGCCGAUCUGUGCCUGGACUUCCACAAUGCUCGUGAGGAGAAUCCCAAUCAAUUCAACUCUCGGCUCCGCAACAAGGGCUACUACGUCAAGAUGGGUCUCCGGAAGAUUGUCGGACGCAAAGCGGUCAAGGAUCUGCACAAGGAGCUGCGCCUCGAGGUCGAUGGCAAGAUUGUCGAACUGCCGCCAGUUGAUGGCAUCAUCAUUUUGAAUAUAUUGAGCUGGGGCAGCGGCGCCAAUCCCUGGGGUCCCGACAAGGAUGAUCAGUUCUCCACCCCGAACCACUACGAUGGAAUGCUGGAGGUGGUGGGCGUCACUGGCGUCGUGCAUUUGGGCCAGAUCCAGUCGGGCAUUCGCACGGCCAUGCGCAUAGCACAGGGUGGUCACAUUAAAAUACAUCUGAACACGGACAUGCCCGUUCAGGUUGAUGGCGAGCCCUGGAUCCAGAGUCCCGGCGAUGUUGUGGUUCUCAAGUCGGCUCUCAAGGCCACGAUGUUGAAAAAGAACAAACUGAAAAUGAAACGCAGGAACACGGAACCCACCAUGCUCGUUGCCGGCUCCUCGGCGACGCCCCAACUGUCGCUGGCCCUGCCGCCCAGCGUGGACGAGGUGGUCGAUGGGGCCGUGGGCGAUGGCGGAACGGGCAAUAAUACGGAUUUCUGAAUAUGGUAUAGCGAGCGUCUGAUUUAACGUGCUAAUUCCAGCCAGCCAACCCUAAAAACCAGCCGCACAAAACGCAUCUUGAGCACCCUCCCCACCAACCGCCAAACAGCAGAAGCAGCAGAAGCAGCAGCAGUAGCAGCAGCAGGAGCAGGAGAACCCAGAACCCACCCAAAGAACCAGAACCAGGAUCAGCAAAAAGCAAAACAGUCCAUAGCCGGAGUCCAAGCUCAAAAUCGAAUCGAAUCAAAUCAAAUCAAAAGCUGUAAUCAAAAUUACUUCGUACAACACUCUUAUAAUCUACUCUACUACAACAAAAACUCCACUAUGUAUAAAGAAUCCCAAGUCAUGCCAAAAGUUCAAAAGUUCAGCAGACCCGCAACCGCAAGCGCAUUUCCUUCCGCACUUCCGCAUGUGUCUGAAAGAAGUACGUUAAACUCAAACAGCUCGAGUCGAAGCACACACACACACAACUGUACCUAACAGUGCAGCCAACUCUACGAAAGUUAACCUAUGUAUGGAAUAGAUACAGUCCAGAACCAGUCAGAGUAACCAGUAACAUAAAUCCGAUGUGCAUAUGUAUACAGUUGGUAUGCAGAUGUUAGGGAAGAGGAGAGAGGUUUUGUUCAAAAACUCAGCGCAAUAGUCCGAGAAAGUUGUAUCAAAUUCAAGUUCAAUAUUAUGUUCCUUCCCGUUUUGUUCCUAUGUAAGAAACAGCAGAAACAGAUUAGUGAUACCGUUAAACAGAGAAAACCGCAAGCCGUGAGAGGAAUGAUGAUGAAUGAUGGAUGAUGAAUGAUGAAGAAUCAUUUGAGAUGAUUGAAAAAAAUGAAGAUUAUGAAGAGCCAGGGAAAAUGUAAUGAAAAACCAAAAAGAAACAAAACAAAAAGUACAAAAUUGUUGAAAAUUGUUUGUUAUAACUAAAUGAAAAUGCAAAAAAAAAAACCCAAAAAACCAAAGAGAAAACUGAACAGAAAAGAAAACCACAAAAUAAUGACAAGAAAUUGAGAAAACCAAUUAGGUAAAUCAAUAUUGUGCCAUGUGCAAAAGGUCCCUCGGGAUUUUACAAGGACACAAAAACGAAAAAAAAAAAAAAAAUUUACCGGCCAGGACAAAGACACACACGUACAGCAGAUGCGAGAAAAUUUAUACGAAACUUUUGAUUUCCGUAUUCGAUUCGCUAUUCGAAUUCACUUACGAGAAUGGAAAAAGCUGCAAAUUGCAUAGUUUGUUAAACUACUAAUUGGGACGCAACCAUUGGAAUAAUUGGAUACUACGUACGGCAUAGUGCAUAGCACAUAGCACACACAAACAAAAACAAAAAACGCAUCGGUCAUAAUGCUUAAUGCAAAUUCUGUCUGGAUUGUGCAAUUGGUAUAAAUUUUCUCCGCUGCUGUGCGCCAACUAAAAGUAAAACAUACACACACAAACAAACAACAAAAUUAAAGAAAACGAAUGCAUUUUCAAGCGUAUUGAAAUGGCGUCAUGCCCGAGCACAAGCUGUCAGACAGAUCGGUCUUUCUGUCAAUUCAGUCAGAUUGUUCUCUAUCUGUCUGUCAGUCCACUGGGCGGCGCGUAAGUAUUUCACUUGCAUUUGUCUCAAAAAGUAAAAAAAGGAAACUUUAAUGGAUGUCAAAGAAAACAAAAAGAAAAAGAACGCAAAGCUAGGUAGCGAAAGUAGAUGGAAGGAAAAAUGAUGGAAAGGAUAGAAUGGAUAGAAUGGAAAUCCGAAAACUACAAUUUCAACUUUAAAACGCUUAUAAUGAAAACAAUUUUUGAGAAUUUUAUAUACUAAUUUUUACGUUUACGUCUCUGACAUACGAGAGUACGAGUAUGUGCAAGAUAACAAGAAGACCCCCAUCGCGUAGGGAUGGGUCGAGUACUCGAUCUCCGCCCAAGCGGGUAUUCGGCCGCGCACUCGGCUCAUCCCUACCACACCACACGCGUGGGGGGCCGUUGGGUGCAUGAAUAUCCGGUUCCGUUUUGUUGAAUAUCGGAAAAAUAACGGCGGAGUGCACUUGGCGGCCCCCGACCAAAGACCACAAUACACGCCACACAACCACAAGAAUACUGAGUUUUUCGAGAAGCGUCUCACCAUCACAGGCACCGUUAUGACAGCACGGAAAUCGCAUAACAGUGGACAUCAAAAUUGCAAAAAUCGCGGCAUACCGAUAUCCAAACCAGGCUGCGGACUGGCCACUGGAGAUCGGGAUGCACACCCAAAAAUUCGACCUAUCACCAGACACUCGUUUUGCGUUCGGCAAAUCACCUUUGACCGGCUGCGAUUAAGGGGCUCAGUGCUUGGGGUUAAUCAGAAGACACACACCGAUUUCCGUACACUCUCCGAGCGGGGGCCACGCCGCGGCUUGCCCCAGCAGUGGGCCAUGCAAUGGAUUGACUAAAAUGCGCGCCUACGCCAGCGCAGUUGACUUAUUAUUUUGUUCUUAAGUUUGACCAUUACGAAUUCGGACCCUCCUCUACUAUUCAGCCGAUAUUGCAUGACCCUCUGCACCGUAGGCGCCGCGACGUGAGUCCCCGUCAACUAUUCAAGGUUCGGACUCAUCUUGAAUCGACUUGGAUCGAUUAGCCCCCGGCAAUUUGAAUCGCAGCCCGCAGGAGAUUUGAUAUUUUGCCUCAUUUCGCACAAGGAAACACAGCAACAAGAAUACACACAACAACACACAACUUUUAGUUAUGUUAUGACACAAACAACACAAAAUAUUAUGUUUUUAAAUAUAUUUCAAAUAAAAAACAAAACAAAAACAAAACCAAAAACAAAAAACAAAGAAAAAACAAAAGUCUAGGCUAAGUUUAAGAGAAAUUACUAUAAUAUGCUAUUCAAAGAAAUCCAAAACUCUACAAACUACAAACAAGAAAAGAAAAGAAAAAAAAAACCAAAAAAAAAAACAACAACAACUAAAAAUACUAAUUAUAGUGCAUACAUUGAUGUAGUGUUAGAAUUAAGAAGAAAAAACAAAAAAGAUUAUAUUUCAAAGAGAACCCAAAAUUUGAAGAGAGCCGCCAAGAAAAGAAAGUGAAGUAAAGAAUUUGUUCAUGGAUGCCAGAAAACCAAAGACCUAAAAGCAGAGCGCCGAUACAUAUAUACAUACAGAUACCAUAUAUACGAGUAACAACAAGAAAAAAUACCAUAAAUGUA